AUGAUCCGCGAGGCCGUGGAUGAUAUUCGCCGAUGGAGUCGUGAUCGAGAGGUUAACAAUGCACUCUACACCAAGCUGAUUGCUACCGGGAAAACUCUCAUUCCAAGUUCGAAAAUUCAGGUCAGUCGGCUUUUCAGAAGCUUGUUUGCUUGCUUGCACAAUUCUGAUUGUAGUUCCCGUUAA